ACCCACCCGCUUGAGCUCUAAAAUUUUUAUUGCCCGCCCGCUCGGUUGGGCGGCCCCGCCCCCCACCCUGGAACACACCACCAAUCUCCCUCAGCCGUCGGAAAGGAAAAAGAGAAAGAAAAUACCUAAACCCACUUGAUUCAGUAGUGUUAGCCAAAGAUCCAAACCGCCCUUCGUAAAUUUCUUUGUAGCCAAGCCAACGGAACAAGAAUUCCAAAACCACUUUCAGAUAUGUUCUCAAUUGCUGCUAUCAAUGAUACGGAUUCUAGAGGGCAGUGGGAACCCUUAGCACCUACCAAAGAAGCCCAGGAAUUCCACGUUUCGCAAACUUAUCAUGAAGGACUCCUCAAGUUACAAGCUAAAGAAUAUGAAAAGGCUCGCGAACUCUUGCAGUUUGUACUGCGAGAUCCUCUUAUAGCAAACGCACAGGUGGAUAACAGUGUCAGUGAUGGUCAUCUAUUGCAGCUCAGAUUUUUGGCACUGAAGAACCUUGCCACUGUUUUUCUUCAACAAGGUUCUGCACAUUAUGAGGAUGCUUUACGCUGUUACCUUCAAGCUGUAGAGAUUGAUACCAAAGAUUCAGUUGUCUGGAACCAGCUGGGAACAUUAUCAUGCUCAAUGGGAUUGCUCAGUAUAUCGCGUUGGGCUUUCGAGCAAGGGCUUUUCUGCAGCCCUAAUAAUUGGAACUGCAUGGAGAAACUAUUGGAAGUUCUUAUUGCUAUUGGGGAUGAGGUGGCUUGUCUUUCUGUGGCAGAGUUGAUUUUGAGGCAUUGGCCAUCACAUUCUCGUGCUUUGCACGUCAAAAAUACAAUUGAAGAGCCGGAGCCAGUUCCAUUUGCUCCAAGAGGUAUAGAUAAGCUGGAACCUAAACAUGUGCGGCUUAAAUUCCUUGAUAAGAGAAAAGCAACUGAUGAAAGUUUAGAGGAAAAUGUUGCAUUGAAAAGGCUGAACCAGAACAUUGAUGUUCACCUGACAGAAGCUUCCUGGGCAGCUCUUGCUGAUGCACUAUUGGAAAUCUUACUCCCAUUGCAUGGAUGUGCUUCUGAGAUGGGGGCUGAAAAAGGAUAUAAAUCUGGGGAUGUCAGAUUAAAUGUGCACUUACCUUGUAGAUCAGAAAAUGUUAUGGGGAGGACUGUGGAAAAGAAAGGGAUUGACUUAAACUUAGUUGGAGAAAAUAUGCCUCUUGGCGAUUGUCACACUGAAAGAGCAAAUGUGGUUAAAGAAAAAGAACCAAAUAUUGUGGAAGAACAACCACAUGAGAGGCGGAGUACUCGUCUUGAAAGGCUUAGGAGUCGUAAACCAGGGAAAGAUGAAUUGGAUUCUGGUACUCGUCAGGAUCUGGACAAGGUUGUAAUUCAAUAUUUAGAACCAUUUAUCACUGGUGGAAGGGGAACUAAGAAUACUGUUCAUGCUGCUAGUUGUUCUAAUCCAUUGGAUACUGAAUAUGGUGAUGUUUCUAGAUUUGUCACAGAAACUUCAAAAAAUUAUGGUGCUUACCAUAUGGGCCACUUACUUUUAGAAGAGGCAGCAAGAAGGGGCAUUGUCUAUCAGGAUGGAUUUGCCAAAUUGCUGGAGUUGGAGAAGCUGACAAGACAUUGGGCAAAGGAUAGGAACCCUGAAUGUAGUCUUUUUCUUGCUGAGCUUUAUUAUGACCGCGGGUCAUCCUCUUCCAGUGCUUCCAAACAGUCUGAAUUCAUGUCUGAGGUGUCUUAUCAUCUUUGUAAGAUCAUUGAAUCGGUAGCUUUGGACUAUCCUUUUCACUUGAGUUGCGUCUUGGGAAAUGAAGAAAGUUCUUCAAUUCAUAGUUUUCAUAGUAUCGUUGGACUGCCAACCAACAACUCUAUAAACAGGGACACAGUUCUAGAUAGUUCAUUUCUAACCAGCAACAGUUCCUUCUGGGUUCGGUUUUUCUGGUUGAGUGGGCGAUUGUCUAUAUUAGAUGGUAACAAAGCAAAAGCUCAUGAAGAAUUCUGUAUUUCUUUGUCACUUCUGACAAACAAGGAAAAUACAGAUGACUUUCUCUGUGUUGUCCAGCUCCCAUACUGCAAGGUUAUGAAAGAGCUAACUGUUGAUAGGCUUCUCCAUGAAAUUAAUAUUUUAAAAGUUGAUUUCUUGAUGGAGAAGACUUUAGGUGAGAUGAUUGAGAAAGAGAUGUAUAUAGAGUGUGUCAACUUGCUUGCUCCACUUCUAUUUCCUACAAAAGAUGUUCACCUUGAUGCAUUGCCUUCUGCCAUCGUGGAUACAAAAGGUGAAGGGGUUGCUUCUCUUGAAUUAUCAGCACUAGACAUUUUAAUCAAAGCUUGUGAGAAAAUAAAGUCAAUGGACGUGGAGUUGUAUUUGAGUUGUCACAGACAAAAGUUGCAGAUACUCAUUGCAGCAACUGGAAUGGACGAUUGUCUGGUUUCAUGUAGACCCUUCCAUCAGAAGUUAGGGUCAAAAACACUCUCUGAUUCUGAUAUGGAAUUAAAAGAAAGUUCAAUUGAGCAGUGGAAUUGCUCGGUUGCUGAUGAAGUGAGGGCGAUCUCUAAAUGUGUGUCACAAGUGAAGAACUUCAUAGAUCAGGCUGGAGAUUCUAAUGGUGUUAUUGUCCCAAUGAGCUGCAUUGGUGAUAUUCAAUCUUUGCUGUUGUCAGUCAUGUGCAAUGUUGCAAGCAUAUUAUCAUGUAAGAAAUCUUCUGGGCUAGUAGUUGGUGAUCAAGCUGAAAGAUGCUGCUUUGUUGAUUCAGCCAUUGCAUUCUGCAAACUUCAACACCUCAAACCUACUUUACCUGUUAAAGCUCAAGUGGAGUUAAUUGUUGCAACACACGACUUACUUGCCGAGUAUGGGCUCUGUUGUGCGGGUGAAAGAAGUGAUGGGGAGGAAGGGGCAUUUCUUAAAUUUGCUAUAAAGCACCUCUUAGCCUUAGAUAUGAAGCUUAAAUCCAACUUUAAUACUUUAAAUAGGAAUGCAACUGAAUGUCAUGAGCUGGACUCCCAUAAUAGUCAUGCCAAAACUUCUGCAAGUGAAUCAAGAUCAGAUACAAUGGAUGUGGGUAGGGAUCAAACUCGAAGUGAUGAAACCACUUUUAUAGAGAAGGAUACAUCUGAAGGGAUAACUUCCAGAGACAUUUCAUCCCAUAAAGCCCUAGAUAAGGAGACUCCAGGGGUCGAAUGUGGAGAUCAAAGCUGUGAUGGGUCUGAUGGCCAGUUCAACAAAGGUGAAAAAGCAAGCAAUCAGUUUAUUGAACAAGGGAGUGAACUUACUGAAGAUGAAAGGGAGGAACUUGAGUUAAAAAUCGAUAAUGCAUUGGAUCAAUGCUUCUUCUGCUUAUAUGGUCUAAAUCUUAGAUCUGAUUCUUCCUAUGAAGAUGAUCUAGUUACCCACAAAAAUACUAGCCGUGGAGAUUACCAGACCAAGGAACAGUGUGCUGAUGUUUUUCAGUAUAUUCUUCCCUGUGCAAAGGCUUCUUCUAGAACUGGAUUGGUGAAACUUCGCAGAGUACUAAGAACCAUACGGAAACACUUUCCACAUCCACCAGAAGAUGUUUUGGCUAGUAAUACGAUAGAUAAAUUCUUGGAUGAUCCUGAUCUAUGUGAAGAUAAACUCUCGGACGAGGCGGGGUCUGAAGGGUUUCUUGAAACCAUGAAGAAUAUAAUGUUACCUGGUGCAGGUAGCCUCAAACAGUAUAAAACAUCAUCAGUUGGGAGUGAUUGCAGCACCGAGCAAUAUUUGGAGGUCUAUUGCAAUUUGUAUUAUCUCCUGGCUCAGUCUGAGGAAAUGAGUGCCACUGAUAAAUGGCCUGGCUUUGUACUAACAAGGGAAGGAGAGGAAUUUGUACAGCAAAAUGCAAACCUCUUCAAAUAUGAUCUAUUAUAUAACCCUCUACGCUUUGAAAGUUGGCAACGACUUGCAAAUAUCUAUGAUGAGGAGGUAGACUUAUUGCUAAACGAUGGCAGUAAGCACAUUAAUGUGGUAGGAUGGAGGAAGAAUGCUACUUUGCCUCAGAGAGUAGAGAUAAGCAGACGGAGGAGUAGGCGGUGUUUAUUGAUGAGUUUGGCUUUGGCGAAGACAUCAGAUCAGCAGUGUGAGAUACAUGAAUUAUUGGCAUUGGUAUACUACGACAGCCUUCAGAACGUGGUACCAUUUUAUGAUCAGUGUUCUGUUGUACCCGCAAAGGAUGCAGCAUGGAUGAUGUACUGUGAGAACUCAAUGAAACAUUUUAAGAAAGCCUUUGCACACAAGCAAGAUUGGUCCCAUGCAUUCUAUAUGGGAAAACUGUGUGAAAAGCUUGGAUACUCUCAUGAUAUGUCACUGUCAUAUUAUGAUAAGGCUAUUGCUUUAAAUCCAUCUGCUGUGGACCCUGUCUACAGGAUGCAUGCUUCACGCUUGAAGUUACUUUAUACACGUGGAAAACAGAGCCCGGAUGCUUUAAAGGUCAUUUCAGAAUAUUCUUUUAGUCAGUCAGUGAGAGAUGCUGUCAAGGAUAUCUUUGGUAAAAUGGGCUCUGUAAUUUCACAGUCACCAGUCCAUAGAGAGGACAGCACUCAAGCAAAGGCUGAUCAGAUUAUGCAAGAAAAAUCACUUGAGGAGGCAUGGUGCAUGCUUUACAGUGAUUGCCUUUCUGCCCUUGAAACUUGUGUUGAAGGGGAUCUUAAACAUUUUCAUAAGGCCAGAUAUAUGCUGGCUCAAGGGCUGUAUAAACGGGGUGAGAAUGGUGAUUUGAGGAGGGCAAAGGAUGAACUCUCUUUCUGCUUCAAAUCAUCUCGCUCAUCCUUUACUAUAAAUAUGUGGGAGAUUGAUAGCAUGGUCAAAAAGGGAAGGCGAAAAGCUCCAGGUUUUGCUGGGAGCAAAAAGGUACUUGAAGUCAACUUACCAGAGAGUUCUCGAAAAUUUAUUACUUGCAUUCGGAAGUACAUGCUUUUCUAUUUGAAAUUGUUGGAGGAGACUGGAGACAUAUGCACCCUUGACCGAGCAUAUGUAUCUCUUCGGGCAGAUAAGAGGUUCUCAUUGUGCAUUGAAGAUCUUGUCCCGGUAGCACUUGGAAGGUACAUUAAAGCCUUAAUUUCAUCCAUGCAUCAAGCUGAGACUGUUGGCUCAGGUGCUGCAAGUGGUUCAGAGCAUGUUCUGGAGAAAUUGUUUGCUUUGUUCAUGGAACAGGGGAACUUAUGGCCAGAAAUAUGUGGUCUGCCUGAGAUUAAAAGCAUAGAAAUAUCAGAGAGCCACUUAUAUGGAUAUCUCCAUGAACACAUCGUUUCAUUAGAGAGAAAUGGCAAGCUGGAAACGAUUGAAGCAAUAAAUGAGAAGAUUCGAAAGCGGUUUAAGAAUCCAAAGUUGUCCAAUAGCAACUGUGCAAAAGUUUGUCGGCAUGCUUCUGUUGCAUGGUGUAGAUCCCUUAUAAUAGGCUUGGCAGUGAUCACUCCCUUACCAUCUGAAAUUUCAAGUGAUAAUCCAGUCAUCAUGAAUACAUCAGAUGCAUGGUUGGAAAGCAGCAAUCUGCUUUAUGUUGAUCUGCAGAUGAAUGAUUUUUGGAAUUCGGUAUUUGAAGACUCAAUUCAAUUAAAAAAUCUUGAAACAAAAUGGCAUUCAGUUGUGUGUAAGAUCAAGAAUAUAAUGAUUAAAAAAGCUUCAGAUGAUGAUUUGGAGACUGCCAAUGCUUUGCUUAGAUCUUCUUACAACUUUUAUCGGGAGAGCUCCUGUGUAAUGCUCCCAUCUGGUGUCAAUCUAUAUUUGGUGCCAUCUCGAUUUGUAGCAGGAACACAAUUUCAGCCAAGCAUGGAUGGGGUUGAAACACUUGAUCUGAGCAUUCCAAGGAAGCUUCUCUUGUGGGCCUACACACUAUUGCAUGGUCGCUGUGCAAACAUUGCAGGGGUUGUGAAGUAUUGUGAAGAAAACGCGAAGUCAAAAAUGAAAAAAGGAACUGGAAUGUCGUCCGCACCUAUAAAUAUACCUAGUACGGCAACUACUCAUACAGGUGCAGGGAAAGAUGGAGGACGACAUGGUGGAGGAAGUGAUGUGGAAGCAGCUCCAUUGACCCCUGUGGCAUCCACACCGUUGUGUGAAGGUGAUGGCAAAGCUUGUUUGAAUCCACUUACAACUUCAGGCGAGAAUCAAAGGGGUUUAUUUUCAGCUCCACAACUGCAUCAAUGUAAAAAUGCUGUUUUAGAGCGGAACAGUUCGAUAGAGCGCGAAGCAGGAGAUUCAGACAGAAGUUAAGACUUCAUUUUCGGUGAACUGCAAGCCAGCCCAAGUGAUUGUUGUGGAAACCAUCUGCAUCCAUUACAUUUAAAUGUUAUAGAACAAAAAUAUGAUGGCAUUGUAAGUAAAAGAAGAAAUAGUCCCAUCGUUGUUGGUAUUGAGGGAUCUUUGAGAAAAUGAAUCGGUUAGUCCGAAAUCUCUUAUAUGUAGAUUUCUGUAAUUUCUUUUUUUCUUGAAAAAACGAAAGUAGAGCCCCAGUUUACGCUGAAAGGAGCGUUGGAAAUAGCUUGAACAAUAAGUGACAUUGUUUAGGCAACUUGUCUCCUUUCAAAUUCACUGCCCAUUCGGCGAAGGAAAGCCCACCAUGUGACAUUUCUCUUUUGUAGUUUCAA